GCGACGACCCUAUACGUUUAGAGCCAAAAUGGCGGCUUCAGGGCUUUAGCUUCUGCUUCGCUCUUGCUGAACAGCGGACUCCGAAGAGCAUAGAAGCUGAGUACAAGAGCUACGAGUUUGUUUCGCUCGUCGACCUUGUUGCCAUAUUGCGAGUGGCACUUUUAAGAAAGAUACAUAAAAAACUAAGGAUGCGUGAGUUGACGUAUACUUUCGUAGGGAUCAUAGCGGCUUCUACUUUUCUAUUUCUAUAUCCUGAACUAUGACCCUUUCCCCGCCCACCAAAAAAUAAACGUGUUUCACGUUUGCAAGCAUGGCUUCUUCGGCUAAGAGGAGAGCAGUUGGCUUGGGUAAAAAUCCCGAAGAAAGUGAGAACAGUUCGGAUGAGAAUCCCGAGGAUGAUGAUGAAUCUGCGGAUGAUGUCAGCGAUGAAGAAAUUAAUGAGGAGGUUAUGGUGGAUUUUGAGGCUCACGCUAUUUCAACCAAUGAUUUCAACGGCAUUAAGAAGCUGUUAAAGCAGCUCUUCCUGAAGGCUCAUGUCGACGUAUCAGAGAUGACUGAAAUUAUUAUCCAGCAGAAUCACGUUGGAAGUGUCAUCAAGCAAGCUGACGUGCCAGAGGACAGUGAUGAUGAUGAUGAUCCAGAUGAAGUGUUUGGGUUCAUUACUAUGCUCAACCUGACAGAGAGAAAGGGUGUGCAGUGUGUGGAGGAUGUCAAGGAGCUGAUAAUGGACCAGUGUGAGAAGAACACUCCUCACAGCGUAACAGAACAGCUCGAGAAGAUCUUCAGCGACAUAAGCAAACCUGUGGGUCUGCUGCUGAGCGAGCGCUUCAUCAACGUACCUCCACAAAUUGCCCUUCCUCUUCAUAAACAGCUACAGGAAGAAAUGGCAGAAGCCCAGAGCACAAACAAACCUAGUGGGAGGUGUCACUACUGCCUGAUGAUCAGCAAGACCUGCAAAGAGGCAACCAAGAGCAUUCCUGCCAGAGGAGAAGCUCCAAAAGAGGAGCACAUGUUUGUCAAUGCAGAGGAGGAAUUCUUUCAUGAGCAAGCCAUCAUAAAGUUCCACUACUCAGUCCAAGAGGAUGCAGAUUCCUGUCUAAGUGGCAGAUGGUCGUUUGACGACGUUCCCAUGAAGCCUUUCAGGACGGUGAUGGUGAUACCUAUGGACAGAAUGCCUGCUAUAAUGGAGAAACUAAAGGAAUACCUGACUGUGUGAGCCAAGACUCAGACAAUCUGGAAAUUAUGCAAAAAGGCUGUUUAAAACCUCGGCUGCUAUUGGUGGCUUUCUUAUUCUAAAAAGAGCUUUUGUGGCUAAAAAAGUACAAGGCAUCAGAAACGAAAAGACUAGCUGUUUAAUUUGUCUGAAUAAAUUUACUGUACAAUAACUUUUAAGACUACACAUAACUUGUAAUUAAGUCAAAUGAAGUAAAUGUAUCCUUUUCA